UCCAAAUCAAUCAUCUAAAAAUUAUAAUAAGUCAUUGCAUUAAUUCAUGUGCUCUCUAAACAUUAUACAUAGACUCGUUUCAUUCAACAAUCCAUAAAAUUACAUUAAUUCGUCAAUGUCAUAUUAACUCUUACUUACUAGUAUGAACACACCUCAUUUUAUAAAAGGAAGAAAAAACAAAAAAAGAAAACUCAUAACCCUAAUAUAAACCAAACUCAACAUAAAAAAACAUUAUGCUCUGACUUAUGGUAUAUCCUCUACCAAUCCUUAUCAAUAAUCCACUAGAAUUACCUGACCGGCCUUUUGUCUGAUUGAAUUGUUCUCUCAUGCCUGUCUAUGUCCAAAUAGAUUAUUUUAGUUUGCUGCAAAUGCCACGAAUAUAUCCUUAAUCAUGGCUAUGUUACAUUGAAAUCAUCGAUGCCCCUAUAUUACCACACUAUUCUUGUUCUACAUUAUCAACUCAGAACGCAAGCAUAUUCAUCUUCUCCCCAUUAAACAUUGGAGCACAACAGGCAAUCAUGGAGCAGCAGCAAACAACAGAUGAAAACAUCAGGAGCAGCAGCAACAGAAAUGGCUUCUCUUUAGAUGCAGCCCUCAACAUCAUGCUCAAAGAAUCCUGCAGUAAAGGUUCAAACUUUGUCUUCUCCCCUUUCUCAUUCAACUCCAUGCUCUGCCUAAUCGCUGCCGGGGCCAAAGGGUCUGUACUGGAACAGUUGCUCCAGGUUCUGGGAUACAGAAGCUUGGAAGAAGUCAGUUCUUCUAUGGCAUCUAGGGCACUGCUGCCAAUGUUAUCGACGGUGAACAACGAGAGAGACGAUGUCGUCGCGAGUGGCCCGAUCAUCUCGUUCAUUAACAGUGCUUGGGUGGAUCGAAGGUUCAAGCUCAAGCCUUCAUUUGAAGAACUUGCCAAGCAAGUUUACCGUGCCACUGUCAAACAAGUGGACUUUGUCUGCAAGGCAAGAGAAGUAGAAGAUGAGAUCAAUUUGUGGGUAGCGAAGGAGACGAAAGGGCUCAUCAGAAGCCUACUACCACAAGGAAGCCUUGAAGAUGAUACCGCACUAGUGCUUGCAAACGCCCUCUACUUCAAAGGCCAAUGGGACAGGAAAUUUGACCCAGCAAGAACACAAGUCAGGAGCUUUCACCUCCUCAACUCUCCAGAAACCGUGGCAGUUCCUUUCAUGACCACCAAACCAAACCAAAAGCAUCUUUACAAAUCGUUCGACGGCUACAAGGUCCUCAAAAUCCCCUACCAGAACCCUGAACCUGAAAACGAAGACAACAGUAUGCAGUUCUCGAUGCAUUUCUUCCUCCCAGACGAACCAAACAGCUUGCCUACCCUCGUACAGAAAAUCAGAACCAACCCUGGGAUGUUGAACGACUACUCCGAUCAGCUGAAGCUGGAAAAUUUGCCUCAGCUUUGGAUCCCUAGGUUCAAGUUUUCGUUCGACGUGGAAGCUAAGGAGGCCCUGGAGGAACUGGGGAUGGGUUUCAAAGCAGGGGAGCUAACGGAGAUGGUGGAUUGUGGAGCAGCAGAGGAUAAGCUAUCACUGUCGAAGAUGUUUCACAAGGCGUUCGUCGAAGUGAAUGAGGAAGGGACAGAAGCUGCGGCAAGCACUGCACCGAGAUUUAUAAGGAAGUGCGGGAGGAGGAACCCUCCUAGCUUUGUGGCAGACCACGCUUUCAUGUUCACUAUCGUGGAGGAAACGUCAGGGAUUGUGCUGUUCCUAGGAGCUGUGGUUAACCCUCUCCUGGUGUCUGCUGACGGGUGUGGCACAUUGUUGCAUAUGGACAAGAAGCCUCGAUGCCACUAGAUGGCAGUCUUCUCGUAUUGAAUGAAUGUAGAUUGGGAGCUUUGAAUCAUAUGAAUGAAUAGUUGUUCUAAAUAUGUAAACGGAAAAGCAUACUCCUGAUAGCUAGUACCAGGUUAAAAAUGGGAAUCCAGAUAGGAAGUGCUAAGUUGCAAAGCAACUCAUCACAGGCACCAAAUUAAUCUGCAAGAACUCAUUCAUAACACACCAGACAAGUAUCUGCCCAAGUUUAGAUUAUACACAUCAUCUUGAACAAACAGGAACCAUCCUAUACAUAGGAGUAACGUUGUCAAAGUUGGUUAGGUAAACCACAACAGUUGUGAAAACUCCGUAAAAAGGCAAUCGACUCAGUGGCAACGACAUUCAAGAAAAAUCCCAAACACCUAUACCUAUUACAACAGCCUGAACCUUUGAAAAUUCUCCUUAUGCACAGUAAAUUGGUAAGAAACAAAACCUGAAGCGCCUCGCCAAACAAGGAGAAGGUAUGUAACCAUUGCAUGAUGCUGUUCUGUGAAGCUACUUAUUCAUGAAGAGACUCCUCAUGACAAUGUAAGAAGUUGCUUGACAUGAUUAAUCCAACUAGCGACGUUUUUCCCAUCAACAGCAACCCAAUCAACGACUGUGGAUGCUGGUUGUUCCCACCACUCAUCAAGCUGCAUUAAAAUGUCAGCUGUUAAGUUUAGGCAGAAUUCAACUUAUACGGAGAAGAAACAAAUCAUGAAAUUCAACAUGUUAUAAGAGGACAGUUCGGAAGUAAGGCAGUGGGCUGAUAGCUCCUUUCACUUUGGCAGCAAAUUGGGUUGGGUAGCUAGUUUUACUAAAUACAAGCAGCUGCUCUAUAGUUUUAGAACUAAGCCUUUUCGAAAUAAAAAUUCUCCUUGCUUAGGUGGGAAUUUCACGAUUUUAUCAUGAGACCUAGUCUCUGGAUUUUUUGAAUGAUUAAUUACACAUGCUUCACACAGAAGCCUAGUUUGGGAAAUUGCAAUAGCAUCCCAGAGAAAGAAUAACUAGGAAUGCUCCUCAAGCCAGGCAGAUCCUAUAAUUGACAGAAAACAGAUCAAAGAUCAAAUCCAGGGAGUUCAUGAAGUCAGACAAUCGAGAUAAUUACUCACCAAACCUCUAACGUAUUUGCAAUCUUCCAGACACUUUUGAGCCUCCAAACUGGCAGCUUUAAGCUCAGGAAGCCACUUCUCCUUGACAAUCUUCUCCUGCUCGGAAGCUAAACUUAAACAAUAGUUUGUUGUCCUGCAUAAUGUUUCAGACAAUGAGAAUGCGUUGUCUAACAACAAAUAAUUAAAUGACCGGGAAUUCCCAAAAACAAAAAAGUUUUCAACUGAAUAGUCCCAGAAUGGAGUUUAGGAAACUAGACCAAUUGUAAAUGAAAAAGUAAGGAAGUUAAACUGCGAGGACAACAUAUGCAAGAGUAUUUAAUCAUCAAGGGAUGCUACUUCAUCAAAUUUCAAUAAAAAUCAACUAGCAAAUUAUUUAACUUUACCUUUCGUAAUCUUGUUGAGCUCGAUAUGCAUGGUUUAAAAGUGCAUGACCACUUUCAACAAGAUCCUGUCUUAUGUGGACCAUGUUGAUUGCCUUUGCCAAGUCUUCUAAAACACUAGCCUCGGAACCACGUAGAUUCAGACAGAACUCCAGGGACUCCAACACUGAUGCUAGACCAGCAUCUGAACCCUCCAAACCUAGUAGCAAAUAACAAUUGGAUUUGCCAAUAUUCAGGCAAAAGCUCACAUGAAAAGCUCAAGAAGUCGGAUUGGUUUCAAAUGUUAUGCACCUAUCUCAUUUUAUAGGAUAUGCCUUUUAUCUUCAAAAAAUUAAACUUCUAUGUAUAACUAGAAUAAAAUAGACGUCUGAGA